UCCCCUAAUCCGAGCAUCUACUUUAAAGUGAACAUAGUGACAGAAGCGAAUAGCGGUAGUGCGCCCUUAUUAUAAAAGGAAUAAUAACGAGGCGCGACACACAUAUAAGGCGUACAUCACACACUGGUGGAAAAUAAUUAUAUAUAAAAUCCUUCAAAAAACGCAGGGAUUACCGCAUCACUGGAAUAACCUGGAGAGUGCAUUAUUUAUCCCGGAGAGGGAGAGAAACGCCUGAAGCAGCGCGUCCAUCCAAACACUUCUUGUAGACGCACACAAAGUCCGGUACAAAAUGUCUGCCCCAGCUCCUGCCGGUGCUCCUGCCCCAGAGGGAGGUAACCAGCCUCCCAACCUUACCAGCAACCGUCGCUUACAGCAGACACAGGCUCAGGUGGAUGAGGUGGUGGACAUUAUGCGUGUGAACGUAGACAAGGUUCUGGAGAGGGACCAGAAGCUAUCAGAACUGGAUGAUCGGGCUGAUGCCCUGCAGGCUGGAGCCUCACAGUUUGAGACCAGCGCCGCCAAGCUCAAGAAUAAAUACUGGUGGAAGAAUGCCAAGAUGAUGAUUAUCUUGGGGGUGAUAUGCGUGAUUGUCCUCAUUAUUAUCAUUGUGUACUUCAGCACCUAAAUCACGAUGUUCCUACCCCAGUCUGAGCUCAUGAAUGCCCGAUUCCAAGGCACAGAGAAAUCCCUUUCAAAAAAGAUGAGAAAAAUGACUUCUCACAACAACCUAUUUAUUUGCCCUAGAAGAGUCUAAAUCUGCCCCUUCCCCAAGUCCCCUUGCCCCCUGCCUCCACUGCCUCAUAGCUGGGCCCCUGUCACUCUUCGUUCGUUCUGUCCGUGAGUGUGUGGCCAUGUCUCCUCUGUAAAUACCUUCGGCUUUUCUGAAAUACUGUUCAUACUUUAAACUCCUGAUUAUUUGUGACAACAGCAACCGAAAAAAGAUCACAACACUUGCAACUACUUAGAAUAUGAUAAGAUUAUACAGUA